UAUAUUCCAGACUGAGCCUGAAAAAGGCACCCAUGACUAGGAGGCAGAAAGCAAACUUUAUUGACAUCGACAGGCCUGGUUGGGAUAAUUCCUGAAAACCAGGCGGCUGUCUUUUGUCUGCCUACAGUUUAUAUAGGAUUUGCAAGCAGGAACUAGUACAGAAGCAGAGCAAGCAGUUGACUGAUUACAUAUGGUAUCAUUAUUACUGAUUGGGCUACAGCAAGUUCAAACUCAGGGUAAGAAACAUUAAUUUAGAGUAAGCUCGGCUAGAUAAGGGAGACACAUAUUUGGAAUACACAUCAGUUCAGGGUAGGGUCUGCCAAGGAGGAAUUUGCUUGGGCUGAAAAAUAAAACUGCUCAUGGCCGACAUUAUCCUGGACUGGUGUCCCACCUGUCUGUCAGCCAUAUUAUCUUUCUGUCCCAGCAGCAGCAGGUCGAAGUGGCACUGGCAGAGAGGGAGAGUUAGAGACCCUCGUGCGGGUGCUGACCACCAGCACCAGGCCUCCAUGAGGCACCUGAUAGCCUGAGACUGGGCUGUAUUAGAAAUGCAUCAUAAAGAGUACAUUACAAUCUAGGAUGGGAUCAAGCCCUGGGCAGACAGGGAGUCUUGAAGGUGGAUGUCAAGGUCUGUCCUUGGCAGCAGUAACAGGUUAGAUAGGGAGUUAUGUUCUUGGCAGGCAGUGCUAACAAGAAAAUAUGUGCUUACAAUAAUCAUUCGUUACAGACUACAGAGCUUUGGAGUUAUUAACUCCAAUUUCAGAUUAAUCCAUACCACCCUUUUCCUUUUCAUUAACAGUUGUCCACAAAUACAUAAAAUGUCAUGUACCAUCACGAAAGUGCUAAGGAAUUCCUGCUACAACUUAGGUGCAGCUUACAGAAGUUAUCCUGAAGUUACAUCUAAUUGACUGAACUUUUCCUUUAUUUGUGUCCUCUGGGAGCUCUUACAGCUUGAGAAUUGGAACAAUGUCACAUGUAAUGGACCACACAUUGGGAGACCUGCCAGUUAGAGACACGGACUCAGUAUUUCUGUGGAAAGGUAAGAAUACAAAAACUCAACCAGCCUUGAGCAGGAUGAGCCGAGAAGAGUUGGAAGACAGUCUCUUUCGACUUCGUGAAGAGCACAUGUCGGUGAAAGGCCUUUUUUGGAAGCAACAGGAAGAGAUUAAAAGGCUGAGGACGGCCUUGAUCCGACUGAGAUUGACAGCUGUGGGCGGGGACCGGCGGGUCCAGGCAGCUGCAGCAGCGCAGAAGUCGCAGAAGUCGGAACCCGCAAGUCGGCCAAGCCACGCUGCGGGGCGGCAGCGGCUCCCUGUGCACCAGCGCUCCCUGAGGCACAGGUCGCCAGCGCCAUUGCUGCGCGUCCGUGCCUUGGCCCCAGACCGCGCUCAGCUUCGUGGGCGCCUGGGACACAGGCAGCUCCACACCGCCGGGGCGAGGGAGCCGGAGAAACCCGCGAGGGGUGAGGCACCGAGGGUUAGGCCGAGCUAUACAGCCCCUCCCACAUUCAAGGAGCAUGUGACAAAGGAAAAACCAAGGAGUGAAACAACCUGUGAAGCCAGCAAACCUACCCACAUUAUGUCCAACAAUACUAUGCAAGUGGAAGAACCACCAUCAUCUCCUGAGAAAAUGUGGUCCCAAGAUGAAAAUUUUGAACAGAAAAGUUCAUUGGAGUGUACCCAGAAGGCUGCAGAACUUCGAGCUUCCAUUAAGGAGAACGUGGAGCUGAUCCGACUGAAGAAGCUCUUACAUGAAAGGGAGACUUCACUGGCAGCCACAAAAGCACAGUUAACAGAAGUUCAAGAGGCAUAUGAAACCUUGCUCCAGAAGAAUCAGGGAAUCUUGAGUGUAGCCCACAAUGCCCUCUUCAGCCAAAUGGAUGAGCUGAGGGCAGAGUUCAAGGAGGAGUGCAAGAAGACUGUGAGCCUGAGGAGCCAACUGGAAGACGCAUCAGUCUUGAAGACAACUCUGAAGGAGUUUCAGGAAAGAGUUGAAGAUUUGGAAAAAGAACAAAAACUGCUGACUGACAGUUACAACAGACUCUUGGAAGACAUGCUGGACAGCAGGAAGCAGCCUCCCUGGAGCAGUAACCUCGCAGGUGACCAGCUGUGGCAGCAGCUCUCACAGCUCCAGGAUCAGCUGGAUGCUGAGCUGGAGGAGAAAAGAAAAAUCUUGCUUCAGCUGUCCACAGAGAAAGCUCAAAAUGAGGAUCUGAAGCUUGAAGUCACCAACAUCGUUCAAAAGCAUAAACAAGAGAUAGAAAUGUUCCAGAAGGCAGCCACCACAGCCCAGUCUCCUAGACUGUCUGAACUGGCCCCACUCCAAGCCCCAUUCCUAGAGACAGCUCAGAUAGAGCCUAGUGAACCAAAAGUCCAAGAAGAGAAGAAACUGUCCCAGAUGCUGAGUGAGCUGCGAGUAUCACAUGCAGAAACCACCCUGGAACUGGAAAAGACCCGAGACAUGCUUCUUCUGCAGCACCAGAUCAACAUGUGCUAUCAGGAGGAACUGGAAGCAAUGAUGACAAAAGCUGAUAGUGAAAGUAAAGAUCACAGAGAAAAACUGGAGAGGUUGAGUCAACUUCUAGACCUCAAGAACAACCGAAUUAAGCAGCUGGAAGAACAGCUCAAAGACGUUGCUUAUGGCACCCAACCGCUGUCAUUAUGUCUCGAAACACUUCCAGCCCACGGAGAUGAGGAUGGGGUGGACAUUUCUCUGCUGCAUCAGAGUGAGAAUCUUUUUGAACUGCACAUCCACCAGGCUUUCCUGACAUCUGCUGCCCUGGUGCAGGCUGGAGAUACCCAACCCACCACUUUCUGCACCUAUGCUUUCUAUGAUUUUGAAACCCACUGCACCCCACUGUCAGUGGGGCCACAGCCCCUCUAUGACUUCACCUCCCAGUAUGUGGUGGAGACCAGUUCCCUUUUCUUGCACUAUCUUCAAGGGGCUUCUGCCCAGCUUGAUUUACACCAGGCUGUGGCCAGUGAGCACCAGACCCUUGCAGCUGCAUGGAUUUGCUUUGACAAGGUGCUAGAGACUGUGGAGAAAGUCCAUGGCUCGGCCAUGCUUACUGGAGCUGGUGGAGAAGACUUUGGUGUGCUAGAGUACUGGGUGAGACUGCGCCUGCCUCUCAGAGUCAGCCUACAGGCAUGCAGGAAGCAGAAGAAAGCCCAGGCUUACCUGUCAGCCAGCGUGCAUGGAGCCAGGGAGGCCCAGAAGGAUGAGUCCAGAUCUGACACACGGAACCCUCAGAAUGAGCUUCGGAUUGAAAUCACCAGAUGCUGUGGCCUCCGGAGUCGACGGCUGGGAACUCAGCCCAGCCCCUAUGCUGUGUACCGCUUCUUCACCUUUUCUGACCACGACACUACCAUCAUUCCCGCCAGUGACAAUCCCUACUUUAAAGACCAGGCUCAAUUCCCAGUGCUUGAGAGCUCUGAGCUGGAUCAGUACCUGAGGCAGGAGGCCCUGUCCAUAUACGUUUUUGAUGAUGAAGACUCAGAGCCAGGCUCUUACCUUGGACGAGUUCAAGUGCCCUUGCUGCCUCUUGCACAAAAUAACCCUAUUAAAGGUGAUUUUAACCUCAUUGACCCUGCGGAGAAACCCAAUGGAUCUAUUCAGCUGAAGCUGGACUGGAAGUCUCAUUACCUCCCUCCUGAGAGCUUCCUGAAACCAGAAGCUCACACUAAGAACUGGCUGUCAUCUGCUGAGGUUCCCACUGAAGCUGACCAGUACCAAGCAAAGAGAAAACUUCCUCAGGUGGGAGCAAGGAAGGAAAAGGAGCACCAGGUUGUGAGCUACUCAAGAAGAAAACAUGGCCAAAGACUAGGUGUCCAGGGAAGGAACAGACUGGAGUGUUUCAGUCGUAACAUCUUAAGUGGAGACACAAUACAACAGGUGAACUACAUGGACUGGAAGUUCUCGGGGCUUAAGAUCUCAAAAGAUGACGGUUUUACAACUCAGUUAGAGGAAGAAGAAAUGACAUUAUCUCAUUCAGCACUGAAACAGGAAGAAACCCCACAUCCUAUAAAUGUAGAUCCAGAGUCAUCUGAACAGACUUCAGAAGCCAGUGAAACACAAGCCACAGACAGAGAUGAUGUGGUAGUGGCACCUCUAUCUGAGAAGUACCCAAAGCCAGAUUCAGAGAAAAUGAGCAUUGAAAUCGUCUCCCUGGCCUUCUACCCAGAGGCUGAAGUCAUGUCUGAUGAGAAAGUAAAGCAGGUGUACGUGGAGUACAGAUUCUAUGACCUGCCCUUGUCUGAGACAGAAACUCCAGUUUCCCUUCGGAAACCGAGGGCAGGAGAAGAAAUCCACUUCCACUUUAGCAAAGUGAUUGACCUGGACCCUCUGGAGCAACAAGGCCGAAGGCAGUUCCUAUUUGACAUGCUGCAGGCGCAAAAUCCAGAGCAAAGACACUUAAAGUUUACAGUAGUAAGUGAUCCCAUGGAUGAAGAAGCGAAGGACUGUGAAGAAGUAGGAUAUGUGUAUCUUGAACUGUGGCAGAUCCUUGAAUCCGGAAGAGACAUUAUAGAACAAGAGCUAGAGAUUGUCAGCCCUGAAGACCAGGAUGUAGCAAUAGGAAGGCUGAAAGUUUCACUUAAGGCAGCUGCAGCCCUCCAUAGUAUUUACCAGGAGAUGAUUGAAGAUCUGCUGUAACGAAGGAUCAAUGCCCUUCCAUUCUUGUGUCUCUGAGGGAACAACAGUAAAAAGUCUCUUACAAAGUAACCUGCUAUACCCUAAGUAUGUUUGCUGGGAUGUCUAGAUCUCUUGACCUAAAAUUUAGAAUGAUCAAAGUUCAUUUUUGUGACACUAGUUGGACAAAGGCAUUUUCUUUCACCUCAGUGCUUU